UCAUUCAGCCAACUAAAAUUUUUACUGCAAGUGCUUGCCUUGAUACUUUCGAACAGGUCGAGUGUUUCUCCCGCGGCCCGAGCUUCCUGGAGAAUGUGAAAACCGUUUGUGAUUAUGGUUUUGGACGCUCCAAUACCCGCUCACUAGUCGUAGGCUGGUCAUAAAGUAGAAAACAAUUUCUCCCUCUCAUGCUCAUUUUGUGGAUUUCCUGAUGUGAGAGGUGUUGCGACGAUGGAGAACUCCCAGCGGAAAGCUUGCGAUGUGGUGUUGGUCGUGGAGCGCUCAUCAUUGAUGCGGGCUGCCAAACCGCUGUAUGAAGAUUAUAUACGCCCAUUGCUUGAGAACUUUUUGGAAAGGAAUAACUGCCAUCACAGUAUUGUCAAGAAUGAGACGUCUGGUCAGUCAGCGGACACAGCUGAAGCUAAGAUGACUCUCGUAAUCUUGAAUGGCCCUCAUCUGUGCGUAUUGCCAACGUAUGAAACCAGUGAAGUUACCAACAACUUAGCAACCCUCAUGGACUACCUUCACCUUGUCCCCUUCAACUGUGGCGGUGGGGUGAACGAGACUGCCAUGGGCGAAGGCCUUGCAGCAGCACUGGAGUGUUUUGUUGAGUUCAAGUCUGAGCGAGAAAGGAGUGGCGAUUCCAGCCCUGUGUCUCGUGUAUGUAUCAUGGUUUGCUACACCCCGCCAUCACUGGCUCCUGCGUACGAAUCUCCGGCAUUCUUCGACUGUACACCGCAGGAGUUGAUGCGAAGGAUGGGCGCGAUGGGUGUCUGCACGUCCAUUGUGGCCCCGACGAAGCGCCCUUACAACCGCAUGAAGCAGUUAUUUGACGCGAAUGGGGAGACUUGUAACGUGCCAGCAGAGCCUCUCGUGUCUGGUCGCAAUCUCAUCUUGCUCCGUGGCUUAAAGCUUCCAGCUGUGAAGGCUGCGUCCCCUGCUGCGGUGGUACCUGCUGCACCUACUACUGCUUCUGCGCCCAGCCAAGUCACUGUCAAACCGGAGGCCAGCAUACCAGAUGUUCAGAUCGUAGAAAGGAAGCCGAGCAAGGCCGAACUGCAGGUGAAAUUGCAGCAGCAGCAACAACAGCAGCAGCAGCAGCAGCAACAGCAAGCCAAAGCACGGCAACAGCAGCAAGCCAAAGCACAGCAACUGGCACUUGAGAAAAAGCAGGCUCUCGAAAAGCAGGCUCUCGAGCAAAGGCAGGCACUCGAGCAAAAGAAGGCACUCGAGCAAAGGAAGGCACUCGAGCAAAAGCAGGCGAUUGAGCAAAAGCAGGCACUGGAGCAAAAGCAGGCCCUGCAACUCCAGCGGCAACAACAGCAACUUCUCGAAGAAGCGCAGAAGAAACAACAGCAGCAACAAGCUCAGCAACAUGCUUUGGAGCAGGCACAAAAGCAAAUCCGGGAGCAAGCCCAGAAACAACAAGCCCUGGAGGCUGCGCAGAAGCAAGCUCAACAAAUCCGAGAGCAGGCUCAGAAACAGCAGCAGCAGCAGCAGCAGAAAAUACAGCAGCAACUACAGAAAAUCCAUCAAGCCGCCACCAGUAUCGCUGUGUCAAGCUCCACGUCCGCAUCGGUAUCAUCUGCGCCACUGUCUGCACCUAGCUCGGCACAGCAGACAAACUUGCCGUUGUCAUCUUCAGUUCAUACUAGCUUUGUCGCUGAUGCUGCCGGUGUCACGGGUCUUUCAGGCAUGUCAGCCUCCGCAGCGGGCGCUACUUUACGGCCAACCGCUCAAAGCAGCACAUCUCAGCCACUGUCAACCAAUUCUGUCACAUCUGGAUCUCCGCCGAAUGCCAACUCCGUGCUACUAGGCCUCCAGCAAAAGAGAUCCAAUAUGCCUCAGCAGGCGCCUGGAGUGCCAGGCGGUGGUAUCAAUUUGGGUACUUGCACUGCAACGAACACCUCCACGUUGACACAUCCAUCCCAGUAUACUCAGGCGUCUCGCCAUCCAGGAUUGAUCACCACCAUGCUCAAUCGAACUGGUGACGCCACUACCUCGGGCCAGCAGUGGGCCCCAUCUACCAGUGUUACCAAUACGUUUGCGCCUUCUACCACUUCGAUGGCGAUGCCAGCUUCACAAGGUCUAACCACUGCACCACAAGGCCUGCCACAGCCCGGUGCCGUCCGUCCUCAGUUUACCAACGCUGGACCAGCACCCUCUGCAACCCCACCGCUGCAGACACCCGCCGCCCGGCUGGCUGGCCUACAGGGCGGGGUACAACAGCAGCCACAACCGCCAGCACAGCAGUUCCCACCUUCAGGUGCUCACCAGCCUGUCAAGGAUAUACAGACACAUCCUUUUGAGAAGACCGUCUGGCAGGGCAAUUUGGCUUGGGAGGAAAAGCGUGUAACGCCGGCUGGAGUGACUGUAGCCACGCAUAAGAUGAUGGUCACGUUGAAUAGCACUGAAGCUGUUAUGUUGACGAAUUGGCCUGACACCAUCCAGAUGAACAUCGUGAGCCGGGAAAGUUUGACGCGCAUACCUAACGCACUGUUGCGUCAAGCGUGGCAGGUCAUGAUCAAACCCACUCUGCGGGACCAAGACGUGUUUAUGCGCUUGCACCGCAUCAUGGUGGCUGAUAAGGCUGGAGUGUGUUCCAUUACAACCGGACCAACAGCGCAGGAUGCGCAGGCUAUGGUUGUGGCGUUCAGUGAAAGAAAGAAGUGCUUCAUUGGCCUACUGCCCCAUAACCAUCAACAAUUUCUAAAUCACCUGAAACAACAAGCUGCUCUGUUCAAGCAGAACAGUCAGGCUGCAUACCUACGCCGCCUGCAUGCCGAGCGACAGGCGGCAGCCGCUGGGGCCACACCUGGUAAUCCCUCGCCAGCAGCAGCAGCAGCAACGCCUGGGAUUGGCGGACUGAAUGCUACUGCUGGCUUACCUGCACACCUCCCCGCGCCAGCUAAGCCUCAACCGAUCUUGACACAUCAAGCUCUGAAAGACUUUCCUUUGCCCCUGAAACGUCGCGUGCAUGAAAUUACAAGUUACAACAUGGAGCCUGCUCAGAAGAAACGCUUGCUGGAGACUGAAAUUAAACAGUUUAUGCAAAGCCGCGCUCGAUUACAGCAGCAGCAACAGCAACAACACCAGCAGCAGCAGCAGCAGCAGCAGCAGCAACAGCAAGGUGGUCAGCUAGCUGGUCGGCUACCAGGAGCUACACAGCAACCUCAGCAGCCACAAGUGCCAGCACAAUCUCUGCCCGGCACUUUACAAUCGCAACUUGCUGGUACAGCUCGCCUACAGCAGCAGCAGCAGCAGCAGCAGCAGCAGCUGGCACAGCAACAACAGCAGCCACAGCGGUCAACCACGCCAAGUGCAACUUGGCUUUCAGGCGGAGUUGGGAAUCAGCAGCAACAAGCACAGCAGCUCGGCCAGGGCCCUCAACAGUCACAGUCUUUACAGGCUUCCCCGGCACAACAGCAGCAACAACAGCAACAACAACAACAACAACAACAACAACAACAACAACAACAACAACAGCAACAACAGCAACAACAACAGCAGCAGCAGCAGCACACUGCUCAGGAACUAAGUGCUCUCCAGCGUCAGAUCCUGAACAACCCUGAAGCCCUGCGUCGAUUGCAGCAGCGCAAGCAACAGCAACAACAACAACAACAACAACAACAACAACAACAACAACAACAACAACAGCAGCAGCAACAGCAACAACAAAGGCUUCAGCAACAGCAGGUCCAGCAGCAGCAACAGCAGGUCCAGCAGCAGCAGCAACAGCACGUUCAGCAGCAGCAACCACAGCAGCAGCCGCAGCAACACGUCCCGGGCACGGUGCAGUUGCCUGGGCAAACCCGGUUACCCGGCCUGAGUGAAGCUGAUGACCUGGCAGCAUUGAGCAAGUUUGAGGAGAGCACUUUGUUUAGCUCCUUUAUGAGCUGAGCCUUCUUGCGUAUUCCUACCAAUCAUCGUACAUGUUCAAGCAUAUUCCGACCAGUCAUCCUUCAGUGUCAGCAUGUCUCAACCUAUGCUGGUAACUCCUCGGCUUUCCGGCUUUUUAAUCUCUUUUUUUUUGUCUGGGUUUUGUUUGGUUUUGUUUCGCACUGCUUUUCUGUGUAGAAGCAAUGCUGCUGUCUGCGUUUGUACUUCUAGUUCAAGGAGAUAUUUUUCGUCCGGCAUACAUCAAUACUCCGUUUUUCUCAGGUCCAAGCUUUUAGAGAGGUACACGUCUGGUGUAGAUGUGUUCAGCUAUAGUUGGUAUCAAGUCAAGAAUGCACAAUGCCGUGCACUCUUGUUGUUUUAUCGUGUUUUGCAUGCACUGCGAGUGGUGGUCAUUUCUCCUGCACCAUUGCCCGACAAACAGACCACGAAAUGAUGUUGUACCACAAGUCAUACUAUUCUGUCCUAUCCACAUUCUAUAUUUGAUUUUACCAUGGUUACUCGGGCUCUCUCGUUACUUCACAUUCAUGUUCAAUGGUGCACAGUCUCCUCUCGUUGUUUUCAUAUCAUUCUUACUCUUCCUUUUUUCUUUGUUUUUCUGUUGUGUUGUGCCCAUGUGCACACACAAACACACGCACGUGAGCUGGUGCACGUCCUCCCUGGUGACUUGUACUUGCUGCUCAGACAAACAUCCCAGUUCAUCUGCCUACUCCGCCACAUCUCUUUAUUGGUUCUAUACUCUCUCGGUCAUCCGGUAAUCAAUCUUAGUUCAUACCACAAUCCCAAUGGGUUUUUUGCAUUUUCUUUAAAUAUCUUGGGACCGUUUUGGAAAUAAGACGUAAGCUCCCUGUAGUAAACAGAAGCAGCUCAAGCGUCAUCUCACGAAGGUUUUAUUGAGAUGUCACGAACAAAUUGUGCGAAAGCUAGUUCGAUGCAUUUUUAUAUUUUUCAUCGUUUCCUAUUAUUGUUCUUCACAUUACAUUUCCAUCAUAGUUAUUUCUUUGUCCAUCACCACGUUCUCUAGAGUUUGUUCGUGACAUCUCAAUAAAACCUUCGUGAAAUGACGCUUCAGCUCAAGCUACCUGUAGUUCUUUUUUCUCUUUUUUUUGUGGUGAUAUAAUUCUCUAGCCUAUUACUAGUACUAGUACCAAGAGUCCAUAAACAAAUGCGCUCUUGCUAGUACUACUGUAGUAUUCUCCUUCGUCUUUAUUCAUCCUUCUGAAGCAAUAUUAACAUGUACUGGUACAUGGUAUACUGUGUUUACUAUUUUUUUUUAAAAAGUUUUCUCUCCUGCUCUCUAUGAUCGCGAUCCAGAGCCCAUAAUCGUUAAAACAUGGUUAUGGAUUCUUCCCCGCUGUGAUCCAUCUCGCAUUUCAAGCUGGCUCUUAUCAUCAGGUGUAAGAAAUACAUACAUGUGUGCUUCUUUGCUCAA